UUUCUAAUCCUAAUCUUUGGUCAUUGAAGUGUCAAAUAAGAAAAUAAAAUCAGCUGUUUGGUAGUUUUUAGUUUUAUAUUUUGAAAAAUAAGGAGGUUUUCCUAUUGUUUAUUGUUAAAAAAUAGACAAUAAUGAGUUAUUUUGGGCUAGAUCGUAUUUUCAAACUGUUGCAAACAAUAAAGUCUUAUGGAGGAAUCCGCGCUUCGUUGUAUAAAAUUUACAGGAUGGAUUCGUUACGACCCGGAGUAUUAGUGGGCACUGAUAAAUACGGAAACCAAUACUAUGAAAACCCUAGCUAUUUUUAUGGCAGAAAUCGCUGGGUAGAAUACGCUCCAAAAUAUGGUAUGGAUUACGACGGUAGUCAAGUACCGGCUGAGUGGUUCGGUUGGCUUCAUUACAAAACCGAUUUUUUACCUAGUCAAGACCCAAGUCGACCAAAUUAUAAAUGGAUGGCUGAUCACACUGAAAAUUUAAGUGGUACGCCCGGUCAGUAUAUGCCUUAUUCAACCAACAGACCCAAGAUCCAAGCAUGGGUUCCACUGUCAAAGUGAGAUUAUGUGAGUUAGAGCAACGUGUAAAUAAGUUAAGCCACACAAAAUAAAGUAGUUAGGUACUAUA